CGGCAACGCAUUGAAGCUUCCUCAGAGAGGAUCAUGGGAAACAGUUUUGGAUGCUGAAGCGGAGGGAGUUUCGAAAUAUUUCAUGAUUAGCCGCGGUAUAACACGGAUAAUACGACAGUUCUGAUAACGUUCCCGUCACCAAAUGUUGUCAUCGUUUGAACGAUCCACUACCCGCUGACGUAACUUAGUGCGCAGUGGGUUCCUGCAAUGUCGACGAACCCCUCCUGAGUGCAUCACGCAAAGGAAGAGCUGAUGCUGUCAUUCAAACAUGGAUCUAAAGCUGGAGGUUGUUUUGUCAUCCAACAUCAAACGGAAGAAACCAUGGCCGCGGUUCUGCUGGCUUGGGAAGGAGAAGGAGUCUGUGUUCCUGUUAGAUGACAGGCGCAUCAGUGAAAUCAACAUGACGUCUGGUCGCACCAAGAAGAGGACUCCCAAACUCCAUGCUUUGCUCAACAGUGUGGUCACAAUGGCUUCAUCCCACAACGGUAUUUGGCUUUGUGGACUUUUGGCCUCAGGAGAGAUUUUUCUGUGGAACAGGGAUAAAGACCUGUUAAAGAAAGCUGCAGCAGUCCCGGAAGUGUUUCAACUGAUUACUGCCGUUCAAGGGAAUGCUACGCGACUGUCGCUCCAGGUCUCGGACAACGGUACACGCGUGUGCCUAGUAGCUUUAACGGGGCAAGUGUUCCUGUGGGAGUGCGUGGAUGUCCGGGAUCUGACAGGGGUACGAGAUGGCACAGUCAAAGGACACUGGGCAAAUAUACAGCCCCUUGAAGAUUCCAUCCUGCCUUCCUCACAAGACAAGGAAGCAUCCCAACACACAAUUUUCAUCAAGACAGUGGUGCUGGGUGAUGCCUGCUUAUCAGCCUUUGUUUUCACAUCUAAGAAGAAGCUGAUCAUCACCUGCCUAAAAAUCCAAUGGGAAGAAGGCCCCGUGAGGGUGGGUUCUUUGGGAUACAACAUACAGUGGGCCACUAAGACGUACCCCAUGUCUCGGCUAACCCCGCCCUGCCAACCAGUGAAGUCCAGAGGGGCCUUGUUGCCCGCCUUCUCUCCAGAUGGGUGCCUGUUAGCCAUUGUCCUGAACCAAAGACAACCCAAGGCCACACAGGUCCUCUUUGUGAGCACACAGAAUUUUGUCUCAACGUCAAGUGGCCUAGGAGGAUGUGGGAGUAAGAAACUGGAUAUCCCCUCAAAAUACAUAAGAUCCUACUGGGUGGGCAGUGUGAGUUGGUCACCCGGCAGUCUUUUCCUGGCUUGUGUUCUGAAGAGAGGCUCCCUUCUUAUGCUGACUCGUCUUGGGGGUCUUAUCACUCUAACAAGCUGUGGUUGCAAUGUGGACUUUGGGCCUGCACACUUUCUACCCCUGCACCCCCUCGUCACUUACCGGGCGCCAUUGUCUGCAGGGAAGGCGGAGGCCUCGGUGUCCAGCUCUAGCUUGUCCGUGCGGGAUGUCCUGAGACAGCGGUACUCUGUGACCUGGCAUCCGCGGCUUUUGUAUCUCAUCGUGUCUGAUGGCUACAUGGCCACAGUCAUGAGGGUGCUGGAUAGGCCUUCUCCUGCCCUCACGCUGAAAACACUUCUAAAGGACACAAGCACCGACUUGGAGAAGGCCAGUCGGCUACUUGAUAAAUCCCAGAUUCAUUUGAGGGCAUGGUUGGAGUCCCUGUCUUGCCUUAACCUUGACAGCAGCCAUAUGACACGUGGGCCCAGCACUGCAGACUCCGUCAUUUCAGCAGCCACAGAUGGAUCCACUCUGCCACUUUUCCUGCAGGAUCAGGGGACAUUGGGUGGUACCAUGGAACUCCUUGGAAGAGUACAAACGUUCUUCGAGGAUGACUCUGAUGUGGACGGACCUCCUGCUGGUUCUCAUGUGGAGGAUGGUGGCCGCCUGGAGUUCGCCUCGAUGUUUGACACACUCCAUGCCUUGGACACACAGACUGACACUGCACGUGUUACUAGCCCAGAUUAUGAAAAGGAUUCAGGUCAAACGGAGAGGAAGACCCCGGUUAUUCAUCGUGAACUUGGAAAAAUCCAGACUAAGCUGUUGACAGCCUGGGCUUUUGGCAUGUCUCUAGGAAAUGGCGUGGACAGCCGAACUCUUUUGCUGCGGCACGCCCUCCACUGUGCGGUGCGAUUAGCUGCUUUACUCCAUUUGAUCCCAGUCUCCGUGAACUCGGAGAGAAAGAGUGUGCCGGGUUCCACCCGCGUUCUGCAACUCCUCAAGGCCCUCCUGUCAUUCCUUCCCUGGGAUAGCACUCACACUGAUGGGCCAAGCUGCCUGGGGCUGGUGGUAGAGCUCAGCAAGCGGCUGACACGCCUCCUGCUGACUCCUCCCCCCGAGUCUCACCACACUGGUCACUGUCAGUUAUCGUCUCAUAGUCUAUCCUCAGUACUGCUCGUCCUGCAGCUGGUCUCUGAUUCGCUUGACAACACCUACAGCCUGCAGCAAAGAACUGUCUGGUCCUCUGCGGAGAAGGAGUCCCUUCCCCGGCCACCGCGGCGCUGGCCUUCCGACUCCCACCACGUGCCUCUGUUACAGACCGGGAAAGAGGAGGAAUCCUGUUUUGUGCAUCAGGCCAGACCUGUUCCCCAGAGACCAUCCAGCAGACUACUGAAAGUGUGGCAGUGGGUCUACACGAUCACCCAGCAGUAUACGGAUGAUCUGAAAAGCUUUAAAGGCGCCGAUGGAUGGGAGGAGGAACAACAAAAAUUGUCUGUUAUCAUGUCUCAGAUCCAAACCGCUCUGCAGGCUACAGGAGAAAGACUAGAAGAGGGUCCUGCACUGCUGAUCUACCAAGGUGAAAGUCUUUUCCUCUGCGGCUCGUACUCAAACAGUGCUGAUGUAUGGCGGUCACAAAUCUGUGAGGAGAGCAACAAAUACUCUGCUCGUAGUGUCUUCAAGGAGACACGGCUCUGUCUGGCACUCCUCUACAGUCUGCUAUCCCAGUACCGCCUGAGAGAAAGCCAAGAGCUGGGGGACCACAUGGCCCGGCUGAUCCUGCACAGGGCUCAACCGCAGAAGGACAACGUGACCAGCAUAAUAGCUGACUCCUUUCCUUGCCCGUGGCUGCCGAUGGACCUCCACAGCGACGCUGCUUUUGCGGUGGUUCAGACCCUGGGGAGAUUCAUGGCCUCCUAUUUCACCAACCGACCCGUCUACAUCCUGCCCCCUCACCAUGUGGCCGUCCUGCCUCCGCUACAUCUACCCGAGGCCCCUCGUGUUGGACGCUUGGUGCCACUGUGCCAGGAGGAGGUGUCUAGAGCAGUGCGACAACAGCAGCUGUCCGAAGUAUGGACAGUGGAAUACGCCCAGGACCUGCUCCUGCUAGGAGGCCUGCUUCCUGAGACUGUGUGGUUGGCUUAUCAUCUGGGUGACUGGAAGGCAGCGGCCUCUCUCAGCCUGGCCUAUACAAGUUUCUGCAGCGAUCACUUUGACUUUACUCGGCUCAGGAGGAGAGAGCUCCACCUCCCAGCGACUUUAGAACCGGAGAGUAUUUUUGAGGUGGAGCUGGAGAGUCUUCUUGGCAAUAAGUCCGACUUCCAAGAGCGCAGCGAUAAAGAAGGUGACAAAAGCUUUAUAGACCCUUUGGAGGGAGAAGACCGGGAAUUGUUACAGAUUUCCAUCCAUGAGAUUCUGAAGGCCUCGGUCAUGGCGGGAGUGAAUGUUAUGUCUUCACCAAUGGCUUCCUUGCUUGACACAGUCAAAGACCUCUGUGCUUGCCUGCCGUUCUUGGUGCCAACCGGACUGUAUCUGCCUUCCCCUCCUCUUUACUGCCCCCAGCCUUCCCCCAACACACUGGACCCAAUAGGGACGACGGGGCAGUUUGUGGAAGUUGCAUCGCGUCACAGAGUGUCUGGGGUUCUCCAAAGAUUGCUGUUACUUCUGAGGUCUGCACGUUGCUGCCAUCCGGCUGCCCAGUGGUACAUCGGCCAUCUACGCCGCGCCAGACACAUACUACACAAGAUCAAGAAGAAAUACGCCUAUCCAUCAGCAGCAGAAGAAGAAAAAGAUUUUCCAGAGGGCCUGAUGAGGUUUGUCAGCCGAGGUGGAUUCUUCAGACGGGGGCCGAAUAACGACGGUCGCCUGGACCCUGACACCAUUCAAACGAUCAUCUGUUUCAGGGAGCUGUGUGCUUUGUGCUGGAUGCUUCAUGUCAGGGACCAGCUCUCUAUUUCCUGCAGAAAGUAUCAGGCUGCCAGACAGCAGGAGAGAGAUGAACAGAUCAUUGGUUCAGAAGUGAGAUCGACCUGUGUUGAUGCUCUCCGCUGGGCCUGCAGAUUCUUGCCUUUCUCUUGCUUUCUCAAUGCUGAGGAGAUCCUCCAGGACGUCCUGCUCAGCCUUGUGUCUGAACUUCCUCCUCUCUCUCUGGUGGCAGACGCGCUGGUGCGAACCUUCCCAGAGGAGGAAGAGUCCGUCAGAGUCCCUCUAAGAGAAAAGUAUAACUCACUGCUGCAGAAACUUAGGGGAUGCAAUGUCCUUGAAGGCGAAAAAGGGGAGGUGAACGAAUUGAUGAUGAUUGUCAUCCAAGACAAAUUCAGAUUGAGGAGAAAGCAUCUAGGACGUUUGAAGAGACACCUGGCCCCUCCCGAGCUCCAUCUGUGGGAGAAAGAGGAGGAGCCGGAUGACAAGGGGAGCAAACACGGGGCGGCCGUGUUGAGACAACUCUCACUAGGUACAAGUCUGAGCACCAGCACUUUAACUGACCAUGGGUUUCCCCCGGUGCACAGUGACGCAGACACCGUGGAUAACACAUCUGAGGCUACCUCUCCUGACUUGCAUGGAAGAGUCACAACAAGGGGCAAAAAAGCAAAAGUAAGGAUCAGGGAACAUGCAAAGAAGACUGCUGUUAAGAUUGAAAGCGUCAUUGAGGAGGAGAGCCAGCCAGGCCAUGCAGAGGGGAAUGAGCGGCCCUGCCUACCCGUGGUCGGUAGCUGGGAGUUUGAGCUGGAAGAUGAGGAGUAUCUCAAUUUCCUGGAGCUCUUCCUCAGCUACGUGCUAGAGAAGGAUAGCACGGAUGGAGGCGACGCAGGCAGCGAACUUCCGUUGUUGAAGGGCUUCUCCUCCCGGCUGAGGGAGAGGGAGUUGCAUUCCCUCACUUUCGAUGUGCUCACAACUAUUCAUCGCCGGCAAAGGGACGUGCACCAUCAUGCGAAAAAACACCCAGGAAAUGAUCCUCCAGUGUUCAGAGCCGGCUGCUGCUACAAGUCCGUGAAACAAGUUGCGACCCCCGAUCUGCCGGCUUCCUCUGUCUGUAGUGAAGCCCCCGUAUCCAGAACUAGCCUCUCCGUCACCUCUCUGCCUGGGCUGAGAACCGGCAGGCAGAAAGGUUUGUUUGGCCUCCGACAGCAGAGGCUUUUGGGGCAAAGAAAGGAGGGCGAGAUUGUGCUGUCAGAAAGCAGCCUUAGUAGAAGUGCCUUUGCAACAGGGCAGCCCUCAGAGAAAUACAUGUUCAGCCCCUCUACCUCUGUGGAGGCCGUGAUGGAACCACAGCAGGGAUUGGACCCUAAACUAGAAGCGCAGUUUCCAGAGCUGGCCAGGCUGCUGGAGUGGAUGGUACGCUGGGCGGAUAGGAGGGCGCUGCUAGGACAUCACGGUAAAAAGAAGAAAGAGAGGGCAGGAGGGCGAGCCGACGAAGGAGUAGUGAUCCGUGUCAAAGCCUCGGCGCCCGCCGUCUUGACUUCCCUCCGUCUGCUGGAGCGCAGGUACGAUGCCCUGCUCGGGUCGGACCGCAACGGUGGCCCCAUCCCAGUUCCACAAACACAGUGGAGUGUAGCCCCUGUGCUGCAGCCCGAGGCUGAGAGAGAGAGCAGCGUGGAUACAGGUUACCCCGGGUCAGCCAACACCCCCAUCAUCGGUCUUGAUUGCAAUCUGCAGCAAGGCGAGGUGUUCAUUGGUUCUCGCACAGAUGACCCAGAGGAACAAACAGUUCUCAGAUCACCUGUCCUUAGUGACCAGGAUCCAUUCACGUUUGAUGAUCAGCAAAGUGAAUCCAGUUCAGAAAAAACAUCUCAAGAUGACUUCGAUCCAACACAUGAAACGGAAGGCAAAAGAAGUGACAGUGAGGGCUUGGAAGUGUCCUCGUCUGUUACCAAAGGGAAAAUCUGCACACCUGAAACGAGCUUGAAGCUUGCAGACCUGGACACAUCAGAAAGUGACAAAGACAUGUCCAGCUGCACCUCUCUCCACAUUCACGCUGAACGCCUACAAGCCCCCCCGGACCCGGAGCCCCAAGCUUCCCCUGCUGUCCAGCCCGAGGCAGAAGUCCAUGCAGAUCCCUUCGCUUCGAUUGGAGUGAUGCUCGCCAACGCGCACGGGGCUCCUCCAAACCUCCCCCCACAAAGCUCCGAAGCCGGUGUGGAUCCUAGUCAGCCGUCAUCCAAUCAGACUGUGCCGAUGCGACAGCGUCUGGGGGAGGACUUAUUCAGACUGGUUCAGCAUAUCAACUACAUGAGCCUGACGGAGGUUUUGGGAGCUUCGUUUUCUAACCUGCAACUGGCCCAGCAGAGCUCUUCUUUGGCCCAGUCUCAGAUGAACACAUCACACCCGGAUGCGCCAUCCUCUUGUGCUCCCAAAUUCAUCCCUCAACCAAAUCCCAUCACCGGUCAAACCAACAUUUCUGUGCCACCUCAGACACGAGCAUCUUUGCCAAAUUCAAGAUUCGACCCUCAGUCCAGUCCGGCCGCUGCACAUGCGACCGUUGACCAGUCUGCCUUUCAGAGCUCAGGGAACAUCUCUCCAACAGGCAGCCGGCAUCACACCACCAGGAAUCUUCCCCCCGCCGCUAAUGGUGCAAGUGCCAGUCAUCAGGAAAUGCAGCCACUGUCUGUCCAGGCGAUGUCACCGCAAACCCACUUCAGGGAGAACGAGAGGUUAAUCGCACCCUCUCAGGGGCUUCUGACCACUACUCACGCCAGUCAUCCUGCUCAGAAGGUCCUUGUUUUACUACCUCCUAAUAACAUCAAACAAAGUGACGCUGCGACCGGCGGGUCCCAUCAGCACAAGCCUAAACACAAAGACCAAUCCAGCUCGGUUCUAAAAGGGCAACUCGGUCUUAAAGCCCCGGAUGAUCCAACUCCCAGCCCAAGGCACUCCCAACCCAAGAGUGACACAUGGGAGAGAUCCAGAGGGCAAGGCUUCUCCCUGCUUCCCCCCGCUUCACCAGCUCAGCCACCUGAACCAAUGCAGGGCCUUCGUCUGCUGCACUGGCAGCCGGUUCCACGCGGCGAAACCACGUUCCCCAAGCUGCCCUUACCAACGUCCUCCUGGUCCCCUCCGAAGAUCACAGUUCCGAUGGGCGAGGCGCGUAUGAUCAAGCUUCUACACAUAGAUGCUGGACGAGAAACGAUGUUUCCCAAAGCGGCUCCUUCGGCCCAAAUGAGCCGUCUCAUGUCCAUGGAGGAAUUGAGCAGCUUAGUGGGACGGAGGGAGGACGCUGAAAAGGCUCAACUGGGGUUGCUCAGAGUAGACCGUGGUACUGAAAGCACCAGAAGAGCCACCGCCUCGCCCAUCUCCUGCAUGAGGCAGAAGAGGAGAGAGGAGAAGGCAGGGAGGGUGAGAAGAAAACCACAGGUCUCAUUCAGACCAAAUGAAUCUAUCAUUCCUAAUCAAGAGGUUUGUUCCAAUAUACCUCAACAGCCAACAAAUGAACCCGCACACGAAGAGCCCGCAGCAGCUGAAGAGAUCCGCCCCGGACAAGAUGUUGCUAAUUUUGCUCAAUUUGGGUCCUUUGAUUCUUUGCUGACUGGUCAGAGAUUAUUGGAUCAGGCUACAUCCACUUCAGCUGAGCUCCACGCCUUUGCUUCUACGUGUAAAAGGCCUCCAGAGUGCCAAGAUGCUUUCACCAACACGGACCCGGCUUGUCCUCCCACACUUGUGGAUAAAGCUGUGUCGGCCUUUGUGGAUGCUAGUAAUCCUAAAUCACAACGCUCAGGGAAUCGGGGAUUUUGCAGCGAGGGCCUUGUUCAAGACACAGAGGAGGCCCCACAAAAGCAAGAGAUGACUCUGGGUCCUGAUGGACGGCAGUUCAUAAGUGUCUUGGAUCUAGAAGACGAAGCCCUGCAUCAGGACUUAGUACAGAAUGUUCCCUCCACCCGCCCUGCUUCUCCUACUUCUGCUCAGUUGCAUUUACUUGCUACUUCUGUUAUAAGGAGUGGUGCUGCUGCUGAUCCACAACCCGCAGUCACAAUUCAAGAGGAUCCUGACUGGACGUCACACAAAGAUAUCCCCGAGGAGUCGCCGUCCCUCGGUGACAUUGAGCCCAACGGGUACCAACAAGGGGUCAUUCAACAAGAGACGGUAGAGCGAUAUGACUCUGAAAUCUUUCGUGCCAUAAAGACCCAGAGCGUUGGACCUCAAAGGGCCUCGUCCACACCUCCUACCGUCUGGUUCUCCUCCCGCAUGUUGGAGCUGGACGCUCAGUUGGCCGCUCUACAGGACAUUGCGGACAACCUUGAGAUGGACUUCUCCAAAUCCAGGAUGCUGGUGAACACGAUUGAAAAGCUCACGCCAGCCUCGGCUCCUGAGGUGAAGACGACAAAGGCAGUUAAAAAAAGCGUUAGAGUGUCUGUCCCGCAGGAAGCAUGGUUACCACGACUGGACACGUUGACUGAACUAAAUGCCUUGGAAGAAGAAGAAGAUCAGGAAGAAGAAGAAAGUGUUCUUCACAAUGAUUGCUGGGCGUACAAAAAGAAGCCAUCGUUUCCUUAUUCUACCUCUUCUUACAGUCACAUCGCUGGUCCCUCCUACCUUCACCUCCCUCCAAAAGUGAAAAAUCAUCUGACUGACACACCUGGAACAUCUUCUGUCUGGGAAGAUGAGAAUCCGGGUCAGCCUGAGCUAUCCGAUACUGCAGAAAUGUUAGACGACUUGAUUAGGGAAGGUUAUUUAUCCCUGACUGAUCUGGAUCUGUCCAAUUCACACACUGCAAACCACAGCAGGCCGGACUGGCAGGAAAGUAGCUGGAUGUCGCAGAAAAGCGUCCGUCCGGAAGAUGAGAGGAGAGAGCUGAGGACCUGGAUGAGAAGGAAACAGAGGGAAGGACUGGCUGUUUAUCAAAAACACAGAGAAAGCCUGAGGGAGAGGGAGCGCAAACCCUUUUCUAACUCUGGGGCAAAGAAAUCAACAGACAAGAAUCAAGCAUCUACUUGGGGAGCCAGGGAGGAAAAGAAAAAGUUGAUGCUUCUGGAGCAAUACGAUCAGAGGACCCGUGAAGCCUGUUCUUUGGUCAGGGACUCUCCCAGCACUCGUCCAACCCUACGUACGUCUGUACAGACGAAAGGCUCAUCGGUGCCCUUAACUACACGACCCACUUCCGCUCCACCCUCCGGUGGCACUCACAGGGCACAUAGGGAAUCUGCCAAAUCUGAAAUAAGACCUAAGUCGGGACCAGCUCAACCUCACCUUGCUGCAUGGACUGUUAAGGUGCAGAGACGGCCCUCAGAGGAUCUCGGCAAGAGACUGGGACUACAUAGACCAGUGACCUCCCUGCCAAGGGACCGUCUGUCUCAGGUGACCCGGCGCGGCAUGCUCGCGCACACAAAGAGCCACACUAAACUGCACACGGCCAGCCAGAGUGAGGAACGGCACGUGGGACGCCAGAGAGAGACAGGGCGGAACAAAGGUCCUUCAGGUUGGACUGUUGCCCAAAGAGGGAUCCUAAGGGAGCAUGCGAGGAUGCAAGAGAGAGAAGAGGUGAACCUUCGGGGGGCCACUUCAGAAUUGAGUAGACUGCUGGAGCCGGAGGAGUCUUACACAGGUUUUGCUGGACUGUUGGAUGAGCAGGUUGAUGGUGCCAGAGCCGGUGUGUCAGCGCUGGACUUGCUCGACAAUCUUUCUGAGAGCGCCAGCAGCAGCCUCAGCAAAAUCGACUGGGCAGCUAUUGAGAGGAUGGUGGCUGAAGAUGACCUUGAGCUUGAGUAGAUGCACUUUCAGGACCUGAUGUGCCUAUUGAAUAUACUGUAAUUCAGAAGCAUUUAAACGCUAUAAGUUAGGUCAUUGACCUAGGUCAUGACAUUUUCAUUAUUUAUUGCUAGAGAAGGCCUGAAAUAUACAAUAUUUGGUGUUAUGAAUUUCUUUUUCUCGAAUAAUUUAUAAUAGCAUAUUUUUGCACUGAAUUUAGGUUUGUGCCUUUUUUUGCGUACUUCAUUUCGAACCAACUAUUAAACAUCUGUUUUUAAUAAUUCAAA